UUUGUAAUUACUCUUCUUGCCAGCUCCCCCCAUUUAUAGCUUUCAGUCAACUUUUGCUACUCUCAAAGCUUUGCUUACUCUUUACUGUUUCCCUCCUUACCUGCAAAAACCCCACAUUCCUUAAAUGCUCCUCUAAAUUAAAUCUUGAAAAAACCCCUUCUUCCAAAUUUGCUAAAAAAAACAAGAUCCUUGAGUUUUCGUACAGAAAAAAGCUUAAAGUUUCUAUCUUUUUUUGUUUAAGAUGAAAAAAACCCAUCUUGUGUUAAAGUUUGUAGCUUUUCUGGUUCUUGGUUUUUUUUCUGCAUUUUUUCCUGGUGUAAAAUCUCAAGAAAAUGAUGCCACAGUGAUGUUGGCUUUGAAAAAGAGCCUAAAUCCACCUCAAGAAAUGGGCUGGUUGGAUCCGGAUCCAUGCAAAUGGAACCAUGUGGGUUGUUCAGUGGACAAACGGGUCACCCGGAUCCAAAUUGGGCACCAGAAUCUUGAAGGUACUUUGCCACAAGAACUGUCUAAACUUACUGCACUUGAGCAUUUAGAGCUCCAAUGGAAUAAAAUUUCUGGCUCUUUGCCUAGUUUAAAUGGAUUAAGUUCAUUACAAGUGUUAAUUAUUAGUAAUAAUCAGUUUAGUUCAAUCCCUGUUGAUUUCUUUAGUCGUAUGACUUCAUUAAUAUCAGUUAAUAUUGAUAAUAAUCCAUUUGCUAGUUGGAGUAUACCUGAGAGCCUUAAAAAUGCUUCAGUACUUCAAGAUUUUUCAGCAAAUUCAGCUAAUAUUACUGGAAAAAUUCCUGAGUUUUUAGGAGCUGAUGAGUUUCCUGGAUUAGUGAGCUUGCAUUUGGCUCUUAAUAACUUGGAAGGUGAAUUGCCUUCUAGUUUUUCGGGUUCGCUGAUUGAGUCUUUGUGGUUAAAUGGACAGAAUCUUAGUGGAGGAAUUGAUGUUUUACAGAACAUGACAUUCUUGAGGGAGGUUUGGUUAAAUGACAAUGGAUUUUCAGGCCCUUUACCCGACUUUUCGGGGUUAAAGUCUUUGGAGACAUUGAGUGUUAGAGAUAAUUCUUUUACUGGACCAGUGCCAACUUCUUUGGUGAAUCAAGAAUCUUUGAAAGUUGUUAACUUGACUAAUAAUUUGUUUCAAGGACCGGUUCCCAAGUUCAAAGAUUCAGUUUCCAUGGAUUUGAUAAAAGAUACCAAUAGUUUUUGUUUACCAGUACCCGGUGACUGUGAUCCGAGAGUCAAUACAUUGCUUUCAAUUGCGAAAUCAAUGAAUUAUCCGAGGAAGUUUGCAGAGAAUUGGAAGGGAAAUGAUCCUUGUGUGGACUGGUUUGGGAUAACUUGUAAUAACGGGAACAUUACCAUCGUAAAUUUCCAGAAUAUGGGGCUUUCAGGAAUAAUAUCUCCUGAAUUUGCUUCAUUGAAGUCACUGCAAAGAUUAGUUCUUGCAGAUAAUAAUCUAACGGGUUCAAUUCCCGAGGAACUCACUACCUUGGCAGGUCUUGCAGAGUUAGAUGUUUCAAACAACCAAAUAUAUGGUAAAUUGCCCUCUUUUAGGAAUAAUGUGAUCUUGAAAACCGGUGGAAAUCCUGAUUUGGGGAAGGACAGGACUAAUGCAACUUCCCAAGGCACUACUUCUCCCGGUAUAUCAGGUUCACCGGGCUCACGUUCUGGCGGUGACAUAAGUGCACAGUCUACUCAUGCAAAGUCCAAAAGCUGGAUACAAAUUGUAGUGUUUUCUGUAAUUGGGGGCAUCUUUGUGCUUUGUUUGAUCGGGAUAGCAGCUUUCUAUCUGUACAGAAGCAAACAAAAGCGUUUUACUCGAGUGCAGAGUCCUAAUGCAAUGGUCAUCCAUCCACGCCAUUCUGGUUCCGACGACAAUGAUAACGUAAAGGUCACAGUUGCAGGAUCUAGUGUCACUGUCAGUGCAGUUGGUGAGACUCAUACUGUUUCUAUUAGUGAAACAAGUGACCUUCCAAUGGCCGAAGGUGGAAAUAUGGUGAUUUCCAUUCAAGUCCUGAGGACUGUGACCAAUAAUUUUAGUGAAGAUAACAUACUAGGUCGGGGAGGUUUUGGCACAGUCUACAAAGGGGAGUUGCACGACGGGACGAAGAUUGCCGUCAAGAGAAUGGAAGGUGGAGUUAUCACUGGGAAGGGACUCAAUGAAUUCAAAUCUGAGAUUGCGGUUUUGACCAAGGUUAGGCAUAGACAUCUCGUUGCUCUACUCGGGUACUGUCUUGACGGGAAUGAAAAACUUCUUGUUUAUGAAUACAUGCCUCAAGGGACACUAAGCAGCCAUCUUUUUAACUGGGCGGAGGAAGGGCUGAAACCGCUGGAAUGGACAAAUAGGUUGACAAUUGCAUUAGAUGUUGCUAGGGGAGUAGAAUACCUCCACAGUUUAGCCCACCAGAGUUUCAUUCACAGGGAUCUUAAGCCGUCCAAUAUUCUUCUAGGUGAUGAUAUGAGGGCUAAGGUUGCAGAUUUUGGCCUUGUUCGACUUGCUCCAGAAGGAAAAGGAUCUAUAGAGACAAGGAUUGCUGGGACAUUUGGAUAUCUGGCACCAGAAUAUGCAGUGACUGGAAGAGUAACGACGAAGGUGGAUGUGUUUAGUUUUGGUGUGAUUUUGAUGGAGCUCAUAACAGGAAGAAGGGCUCUUGACGAAAGCCAACCCGAGGAGAGCAUGCAUCUAGUAACGUGGUUCCGAAGAAUGCACAUUAAUAAGGACACAUUCCAAAAGGCAAUUGACCCCACAAUUGACCUCAAUGAGGAAACGCUUGCCAGCAUUAACACUGUAGCCGAGCUAGCCGGACACUGUUGUGCAAGGGAACCAUAUCAAAGACCCGACAUGGGUCAUGCUGUCAAUGUUCUUUCAUCUCUAGUGGAGCUAUGGAGACCGUCCGAUCAAAGCUCAGAGGACAUGUAUGGUAUUGAUCUCGACAUGUCACUACCUCAGGCUCUUAAGAGGUGGCAAGCUUAUGAAGGUAGAAGUCACAUGGAUUCAUCUUCUUCGGCGUACCUUCCAAGUUUGGACAACACUCAAACUAGUAUACCAACCCGUCCCUCUGGCUUCGCUGACUCUUUCACAUCUUCCGAUGGCAGAUAAAUCGAAGCUUUUUUUGUCCGACGUUUCUAUGUUCAUUCUAUCUGCUUCUUGCUCUUUGCUGUAACUCAAAGCAAACCUUGUUUUGCCUCCAUUUUAUAUUAUCUUACUUUCUCUUUUUCUCUUUUUCUUAGUCUUAACUCCAGUCAGUUAAUGUAGUCUAGAAUUUGGGAAUGGUUAAUCAUUCUUAAAUUUGGAUGUGGUGAAUAGGAGUUUAAAAUUUUUCUGUUGCC